AUGCGUCUAUCGCGUUCUCUGUUCAGUGCUACCAAAAAGUUUUUUUCAAGCGCCGUCGGGGGUUCCGCACAAAACUCAUCUAGCUCAACAUCUGGAACUAAUGCCCUGUCUCAACCCACAAGUUUGCUGAAUUCGACGAGCACACCCAGUCUGAUUGGUAUGAGUGGUAGCGGAGGAAACUGGCCUACCACGAGCAGCGAAACAGUGAUGGCACGAAAUUCUAUUGUUAGUUCCCGUGAGGAUGUGCGGACGCAAACAUCGGGACCACAGCCACCGCAUCCACCCGCUUCUGCUGUCCCCGUGGUUGUGUAUACAACCGAGGCACCGGAAAUGCAAAUGCGUCGACUGGCGGAUCUGGCGUUUCUCUUUCAACAAUACGAAGUUGCCUAUCAAACGUACAAUGUGCUCAAACGUGACUUUCAGAAUGAUUCGGCCUGGUUGCAUUAUGCUGCAGCACAAGAAAUGUCAGCGUUUGCACUCUAUCUGCAAGGCGCAACAAGUCAACGCCAAUACUCUUACCAUUAUGUGGAUUCAUCCGUGACCAUAUAUCUUCAGAACUGUCAAUCAGCGGAAUUGGCUUUGCGUGCGACUUUGGUGAAUGCGGAGGCCUUGUGCAGUCGUGGACUCUAUGCAGAAGCCGCAAUGAGUCUUUUGAGACUAACAUCACAAGUGAGUCUCAUCAUACUUUCUUUAUUGAUCGGUCCUGUUCAGAGUAAUGGGUUUCCCUAG